GCCCGCCUCAGACAUCAAUCGCAGGGUGUGUGUCUUCCUGGGACACAGUGGAGGUCUCGCCUCUGGUUUGCGGAGCGGUCGGGUGUGUUCUCCGCUCGCCCCCACGCCCUCGAGGACCCCGCCGCCCGACCCAACGGCGGAGCCAGCCAGUGGCUCCCGCGGCGCCCUCCCGCACCGGAUCGCUCCUCGCGGGGGCGGGACCUAGCUCGACAGCUCCGGUCACUAUGAGUGAAACAUCUUUCAACCUAAUAUCAGAAAAAUGUGACAUUCUAUCAAUUCUUCGAGAUCAUCCUGAAAACAGGAUUUACCAGAGGAAAAUCCAGGAACUUAGCAAAAGGUUCACCGCCAUCCGCAAGACCAAGGGGGAUGGGAACUGCUUCUACCGGGCCCUGGGCUAUUCCUACCUGGAAUCUCUGCUGGGGAAGAACAGAGAGAUCCUCAAGUUCAAAGAGCGUGUGCUGCAGACACCGAACGACCUGCUGGCUGCCGGCUUCGAGGAGCACAAGUUCCGAAACUUCUUUAAUGCCUUCUACAGCGUGGUGGAACUGGUGGAGAGGGAUGGCUCGGUGUCCAGCCUGCUGAAGGUUUUCAACGACCAGAGCUCCUCGGACCAGAUCGUGCAGUUCCUGCGCCUGCUCGCCUCGGCCUUCAUCAGGAGCCGUGCCGACUUCUUCCGACACUUCGUCGACGAGGAGAUGGACAUCAAAGACUUCUGCACUCAUGAGGUGGAGCCCAUGGCCAUGGAGUGUGACCACAUUCAGAUCACAGCCCUGUCUCAGGCACUGAACAUCGCCCUGCAGGUGGAGUACGUGGACGAGAUGGACACGGCCCUGAACCACCAUGUGUUCCCCGAGGCUGCCACCCCUGCCGUUUACCUGCUCUAUAAAACAUCGCACUACAACAUCCUUUACGCAGCUGAUAAACAUUGAUUAAUUUUAGGCCAUGCAGUAGAACCUGUCACCCAACGGGACUGCAUUCUGAAUGGAACAUCCCGGCUUUUCAAUUUUUUAAGCGAUUUAGACUGUAGUUAGAAAACAGAAAAUGGAUAUAGCCUUUUGGGCAGUCACUGGGAAUGAGGCCUACCUGUUAUGGAGUGUGGUAACUUGGCAAUAUUUUUAGUAUUUAUUUUUAUGGAGGAUCGAAUGCUUUCCAACUCAUGACUUGGAGGCCAGGACCUCCAGCUCUCCCCGCAGUUCCCUGAGACCUUGGGGGGGCCAUCUUCCCUCUCUGGACCCAUUUCUUCAUCUGGAUGAGGUCGCUGCCAGUGUUGACAUUCUAUUGUGUAAAAACACUUUCUUUUCACCAGAGGCAGUGCCUCUCUGUAGGCAAGGAAAAGCUCAAGGCCAACUGUCUUAAGUGACUUACUCGUUUUAUUAAAAAAAAAAAAAUUCAAGUCCAAUCAGCCGUUGGGCUGGACUUUGGUGGGCGGCUGACUGAAGCGUCGGCCAGUGGAGGCCGACCUGAAUGUGAGUGCUUCGGUGAGGUUUUCUUACCCAACUUCAAGAGCAAAAAGAGACUUUGAUGCCGAAGUCUAGAAAGGGGCCUCCGCAUGAAGCUGCACGCUGGGCCCCGUCUCCCUCAGGGCCAGGACUGCCCACCAGCCCCACCCGCACAGAGGCUGGAGAAAGGCUCCGGGAUCAGAAGCUGCCUCGUCAUCCCCAGCACGUCUUACAAGUAGAAUCUAGAACCUCAGGUGGAGGGGCUGGCACACGUAGCCGUAGACUCCAGCUGAGCGGAGCAGACUCAGUUGUGCAAGGCUGUCUUCGUCUUCUUUCCCCUUCCCCGCUUCUGCUCGGUUUGUGGCUGGUGACAGGUGAGGCAGGAAAGGACAGAGGCAAGCUGAGGAAGUUGGCGAUGGGGGAGACAUCCAUGGUGGAAACUGCCUGGGCGCCAAGAGCCCUGGCUGGCAGUCGCCUCAUCCAUCCAGCUGGACAUGCCCCGUCAUACUCUCAUCUCGCUGCCCCAGGACCUCGGAGAGCCCUGGCUGGGCGGGGGCACUGCUAGCGAGGCUCGCUGUGGGAGGAAAUGCAGGGGUGUGGAUGCCCUGUGGGGUCCUUCCGCAAUCACAGGCCUUCUACUCACAGGUUCCGUUCUGCAGAGACUUAGACUCUCAGGGCUGCAGUGUGCGGCUGCCGACGGCCAGACCAUACACAAGGAGACCUGGGCGGCCUCUUCUCGGCAGACCGCUCCAAGUCCUGGCACACAGACGUCGGAUCUGUGUCAGUCGUCUGCCUCUGUGAGCACAGAUGUCAGGGUGCUUUAAUUCCAGGCAGGGACCCAGCUUCCCAUCAUUCUCUCAGCUAGAAUUUGUACCCAAGGGCUCAAGCUAAGUGAUUAUGUCACUUUUCCACAGAAUCUGACCCUAAUCUGAGUUGGUUCAGUGACCCGCCUUCUCUGGGUAGGAGUGCCGAGGUCUGUGACAGUACCCUGGAAGAGGGGGGGUAGCGGGGCACGUUACAUGAUUUCUGAGCAUCAGGAUCCCUGUUUCCAAACUGAAUGCCCUUGGCCGCUCUGAGCGGUGUGGGAUGGGUCCUGGGUGCCCAGCCAGGCUCUCAAGCACAGCAUAAGUGGCACUGGCUGCCACUUCUCUGCAUCUGUGGCUUGUGCAGCAUUCACAAAGCAGAGCCUUCUCUUUGGCAGACUGGCUGGAGAAAUCCCAAGCCUUCCCUAUGCUGUGCUUCCAGGCCUAGGGGCCCGCCGUGGCCCAGCUGCAACCCUCUUCCCAGGAGAGAGCCUCUCACUUUAGUCAAUGCCCAGGAAAGGCGGGCCACACUAUUUCCACGCUCGCACCCUCUGCUUUACCGUUUCCCAAAACCACUGGCCAAAUCCAAACCACUGCUCUCUUCCCUCAGAUCUUUCCUCCAAGGGAAAGCGCUAUGGAGAAGCAGCCAUGGCAGAGUUCAGGGAGACUAAGAUGCUGCUCCUGGAUGUGGACGGGGUUACGUCUCAGACUCAUCCUAAGGUGGAAAUAUCCUUUGGAAAAUGUGUCAAUACACCUAACCUACCAAACCUCAGAGCUCAGCCUAGCCUGCCUUAAACAUGCUCAGAACACGAACAUGAGCCUACAGCUGGGCAAUGACCUUGAGUUUCAUCUGAAGAGUCACCUUCCUCUUCUCACCAGAAGCAGGAGACACAGAUGGGUGUUUCGUAAUCACGGUGAGAUGAGAAAACAAAAUACAAUAUCCAAAAAAACGCUGCUGACAGUACACUGUCGCAAACCGGCAGUUUACCCCAGUGAACUCCCGGCUGGCCUGGAGCUGCAGCUCUGCCGCUGACCAGCAUCGCAAGUCACCUCAUCGCGUGUCACUAGCCCGGGAUAAGAUCAAAAUUCGAACUAUGAUUUCUACUGAAUGCGUCUAUCACUUUUGCACAACUGUAAAAUCAAAAAAAGUUAUUAAGUCAGAGGCAGUCUGUAACUUCAAAUCUAGUCAUCCAUGACAGUGACCUUGCUUGUCAACAGCAGCUGGUCACUCCAGCAAUCCACUUCAUGGAUAAUUCUCUACCCCACCCCAUGAAGCCAUCUCCUUGUAAAGUUCCUUUGAGAGUUGCUCUUUUAACUGUACAUUUCUUUUCAAAACUUUUUAAAUCAAUGGGAAUAUUUAACAACAAAAAGUACAAACUGUCCUUGCUUUUGACUAGGUUCCUAUUUUAAGCACAAAGGGACUCUGGAGCCAGCCUGAGUUUGAAUCUCAACUUUGUUACUACUUACUGUGUGACCUUGGCCAAGACACUUUACCUCUCCGAGCUCCAACUCCCACAUUAGUGAAAUGGAGACGGUGCCCACAUGUCACAGGAUUGUCGGUUAAAGUGCAACGAGACCGAGUGUGAAAGCUGGAGCGGACACGUGGCAUUCUACAGCGGGUGCGCCCCAGCCCGGCCCUCCCGAGGGGAGCAGCAGGGCACUCACGAUGGGGAAACAUGCCACUGGGGCUUCCCACACAGUGGUCUAAGAACCAAAGACGUUCCCACACUGAGCAGGAUGGGGGCGGGGCUGUGGCUCAGGGAGUGGCUGUCCAGGGGCCCCAGGUCCUGUGGGAUAUGGGCCAGGCCCUACAGCUUCCCUGGGCAGUUGGUGAAAACCUUUCCUAGCAUUAAAAUGGAUUCUGUAACAA